AUGAGUGAUCUGGAGUACGAGUUUGUGAGCGCGCACAAAGUGACGAUUAUCAGGGCGCCUUUUAGCGGCGGCCAAGGAAAGGGCGGUGUCGAGGACGGCCCGGACAAGUUGGAGGAGUUCGGGCUGCUCGGCGACAUAGCCAAGCUCGGCUGGACCGCCACCGUGGACGACCCGCUGGCACAGCUCGACCUUGCCACGCUCAAGAGCGACCCCAGCGACGUGUACGGCAACUGCAAGAGACCCAAGAUGGUGAGCGAGUGUUGCCGGCUAAUUUUCGACGCGGCUACCAGGGCGCACGCAAACAGGACGCUGCCGGUGACCGUCGGCGGCGACCACUCGAUCGGCAUGGCGACGAUCUUGGCGUUUGCGAACGCGCACCCGGACGGCGGCAUUCUGUGGAUCGACGCCCACGCAGACAUCAACACGCCGUCCACAACCCCGUCGGGCAACUUGCACGGGUGUCCUGUGGCGUUCGCGAUGGGGCUGGAGGAAGACGCGUGGCCGCCGCACUUCGACUGGAUCAAGCAGGUCAGGCACAAGGUCAGGCCGGACCAGAUCGCGUACAUCGGGCUGCGCGACGUGGACCCGGGCGAGAAAAAGCUGCUCAAAGAGCUCGGGAUCGCCGCCUACUCCAUGUACCACGUCGACAAGUACGGUAUCAACAGGGUGGUGGAGAUGGCGCUGCAGAGAGUCAACCCGUCGGGCAAUAAGCCUGUGCACGUGAGCUACGACGUCGACGCGAUCGACCCGCUGUACGUCGCUGCCACAGGCACGCCCGUGCGCGGCGGGCUGUCGCUCAGAGAGGGCCUGUUCCUCGUCGAGGAGAUCGCCGCCACGGGCAACCUUGCCGGCCUCGACAUCGUCGAGGUCAACCCUGCGCUUGCCUCUACCGAAACACACAUAGUCGACACCGUCAACGCAGGGCUGUCGAUUGCCCGGUGCGCGCUCGGCGAGACCAUCCUGUAG